GUUGUGAAGGCUUUUUUUUUUUUUUUUUUUUUCUCCGUCUGACACAGGAUAGAAGAGGGAAUAACCAGGUCUAGGCGGCAGGAGGGUCCUCAAAGAUCUAAGUGGAGAUGAAGUGAGGAUUUUUUUGGGCAGAAAGGUGUGUGCAAAACACAAAAGGAGCGGAGCGUGGGGCAGGGUAAGGUCGGCAGGACCGGAUGCGCACCACCGCGGCUUCACGGAUUUCUGAGCCACUGGGAAACCCGGGAAGGAGGCUUUGGUCGCCAUGUCUGCAGCCAGGUGAACCCAUGGAUCUCUGUCGCCGGGCCAGGGAGGUUAGGCGAUGACACCGGACCUGGAAGGCCCUGGGGUCAAGCCGCGGGAGGAGUCAGUUCCUGCGGGGAGAACCGAACCGGCCCACGUGGGUCAGGCCGCCCCGCCCCGCCGCGCAGACGUCGCUGGACUCUGCAGUCCGGGGCCGAGGCCGGGGCUGGGGCUGGGAGCUGUGUGCGGGGACCAAGCAGCCACGCCUCUACAGGAGCUACCGCAGGCGGAGGACCCCACCCCAAGCCCGCAGCAAGCAGGUCCGGAAGAACCGUAGCCAGCCCCACCGGAGAGGGAGUCUCCAGGCUACCAGAUGUUUGCUGCCAUCCAGCCAGGACUAGCAGAGGGGGCCCAGUACCUGGGGGGCCUGCCUCCCGGAGUAUGUCAGCCAGAGCUCCAACCAGACAAUAAUUCCAACUUUGUGGAGAGUGCUAAAGAUGCCAACAAGAACUGGCAUGGUGUGCCCGGCAAAGUGGAACCCACCCUGAUGAGGAGCUCCUCCGAGUCGCCCUCUGAUAACCAGGUCUUCCAAGCCCCUGGGCUCCCCGAGGCCGGAGUGCGCAGCCCCCCAGAGGGUGCGGAGAUUCCUGGGGCUGAGCCUGAGAAGUUGAGCAGCGCCAGCAGCAUCUGCUCCCCCCUGGAGGACGUGGGCUAUGCCAGCAGUUCCUUGAGCAUCGACAGCCUUAGCAGCAGUCCAGAGCCCAUCUCCGAGAGCCCUCGAGGCCCGAGGCCCCUGGACCCCCUGCUGCCCUCUGUGGCCCAGGCUGUGCUGCAGCUGCAGGCUCAGGCGCGCUACAAAGAGCAGGAGAAGGAGAAGCACCAUGUGCACUUGGUGAUGUACCGUCGCUUGGCGCUGCUCCAGUGGAUCCGGGCUCUGCAGCACCAGUUGGUGGACCAGCAGGCCCGACUGCAGGAGAGCUUUGACACCAUCCUAGACAACCGAAAGGAACUUAUCCGCUGUCUCCAACAGAGGGAAGCACCUUGCAGGCCCCAGGACCAGGGCUAAGGGUGUGCGCAAGUGUGUAUGCUUGCAGGCCUGUGGUUAGGCACAAGUAAAUACAUGAGUAUUAGUUGGCAUGAGUGUAAGUGAGUUAUGGAUGUGCUAACAGGUAGGCAGGUUAUGUCCAGGCAUGUGUGAAUGAACUUAUAUGUGUUAUAUGUGGCAUGUAUGUUUAUGUAUGCAUGUGUGGCCAGGUACCCACUUAUUCUGGAAUAAGGUAUACAGGCAAAAGAUAUGUAUGCGUAUAUAUGAGUUUGAAUAUACGAGCUUGUGUUCGGUAUGAAUGAGCCUUUGUGUGUUGAGACUUGUGUUUGUGCCAGCAUAGGAAGCAUGUCCUGGGAACGUGUGUAUUUGCAGAAAGACUUUAGAGCAGGUGUGUGCAAACAUACGUUCAAUUGCUCCUGUAGGGCAUCCACCCAUCCCCUGUGUUCCCAGAGUCUACCCCAGCCUUGUUCUGUCCUGCGUCUCACAGCUUCCUGGAGAAAGAAGCCUGUCUCGCUGUCCUGUAUCUGAGGGUUGUAGCUAACCCAUUCUCCUGGAUUUCCCUAGCUACCUUUCCUAUCCCUUCCCCUUAUUUAAUCCAGACCUUGCCCUGUCUGCUAAGACUGCUCUCCCCGAUGUUGGCUUUUUGGUAAGAGUUUUUUUGUUUGGGGUGGUUGCUUUUUGUUUGUUUUGCUAAUUACAGUACAAGGGAUUGAGCCCAGAGCCCUGUGCAUGCUAGGCAAAUGUCCUACCACUGAGUUGCACACCCAUCCUCCAAUAGGAGAGUUAUUGGCCGCUUCAGCCUUCCUUCGCCCAUGUGCUGCUGUCUGGUCAGGACACUUGGUGGAGAAUGGGUAUUGGGAAGGGAACUGGCAUGGUGGUGGAGCCUAUGGCAAGGGUGGGAGUGGGGAUAAAGAAAAAUAAAACUAUCCUCUUAGCAAGA